CGCUGGCACGGACGUGCUCGAUGCAUCGAAUAGGGCCGCGCCAGCGGCAAGCUGGUGGUGCCGCGCCGCUGGCACGGACGGACGCACCGCUGCGAAUGCUCUUAUAACACAUAAAAACAACAAAAUAAAAAAAAAUAAAACAAAAACCGACUAAUUAUCAGCCAGCGACAACAACCUACAAUAAUAUCAGACUUACCUAUCUUCUUUAGCAAAGACAUCGAUCUCGCCUAACAUCACAUAUGCUAAUUAGUCAAUAAUAUCAAGAAACGGAAAAUUCACGAAGAUAAACAUUAACUAAACCAAAAACCUAACCCUAACAAAUCAACUAUUGAAGGCUUAAUAUCAGAAUUAAGUUUAAAAAAAGUCUCAUGAAAGUUAGUGGAGGUAAGAAAACACUAGUAAUAGGAAAAGAAAAAAACAAAAACGGAUAAAAGCAGAAAAAACUAACUGGUUUAAUUGUCAACUAGUAGUCUAGCUUUCCAACAUUUAUUUGUCUUCAAGUUUUUAUUUAUAUAUAUUCUACUACUACUAUAAUUUAUUCUUUGCUAAAGAACAUCUCGUCACCCACCCCACCCCACACCGCCGUUGCUGAUAAUUCCGGCCGCCAAAUUCCGGCUUCUUUUCUCACCAUCAAACAUGCUCACACCUCACACCUCCAACUUCGAUCCAAAUUAACAAAAAAAUACUCUUUAUUUUUCUAAAUAUAGAUCAAUCAUCUCUUGUUUUUGGUCACAUAAUUUUAUUAAUUCAAUCUUCAUAACUCUUCUAGCUAGGGUUUCAUUUUCCACCCUUACUCUCUCAAAUUCCCAAUAACAAAAAAGGGUUUUUCAACCUUUUUCAAUAUCCGAAUUCAUCAAAAGAUAUGGAAGAAUACAAUCAUCACCUCACCGAGACCUCCAAUUCAAGAGGCGCCGCCUUCCUCUACGGCGGCGGCGGCGGCGGCCCGGUUCUCCCGCCCUUCUAUGCACGGCCAAGCAGCGGCUCCAACGGCGGCGGUGGAGGCUUCCAUAUCCACUCUUGCUAUGACUCCCCGGCCGUGAAGACCGAGGCCGGAACCUCGCACCCUAGAUUCCACUAUCCGGCCACUUUCAAUAGUCUCGAUCUGAUCGAAACCGACACCAUCAAAGCCAAAAUAACUGCACAUCCCCAAUACUCCAAUCUAUUGAAAGCUUACAUGGAUUGUCAAAAGGUUGGGGCGCCGGCCGAGGUUGUGGCGCGGCUGGCGGCCGUGCGGGAGGAGUUUGAGGCGCGUCAGCGGGCGGCGGUGGCGAGCCGAGACGAGUACUCGAAGGAUCCGGAACUCGACCAAUUUAUGGAAGCUUACUAUGAUAUGUUGGUGAAAUAUCGAGAAGAGCUAAAUCGUCCCUUGCAAGAAGCCAUGGAUUUUAUGCGUCGCAUCGAAUCGCAGCUCAACGUCCUCACCAACGCCCCCGUCCGUAUCUUCAACUCCGAGGACAAGAGUGAGGGCAUCGGUUCGUCAGAGGAGGAGCAAGAGAACAGCGCUGGAGAGACAGGGCUGCCGGAGAUCGAUCCACGAGCAGAAGACCGAGAGCUGAAAACCCACCUCCUGAAAAAGUACAGUGGAUACUUGAGUAGUCUCAAGCAAGAACUCUCCAAGAAGAAGAAGAAAGGGAAACUGCCUAAAGAGGCUCGCCAAAAACUUCUUAGCUGGUGGGAGCUUCAUUACAAGUGGCCAUAUCCAUCGGAAUCAGAGAAGGUGGCAUUGGCAGAAUCAACUGGUUUGGACCAAAAACAGAUAAAUAAUUGGUUCAUAAACCAAAGAAAAAGGCAUUGGAAGCCCUCAGAAGAUAUGCAAUUUAUGGUGAUGGAUGGACUUCAUCCACAAAAUGGAGCCCUCUAUAUGGACGGCCACUAUAUGCCCAACGGUCCCUAUAGGCUCGGGCCGUGAGGCUAGACGCGCCUCGCCCUAUGUAUACGAAGUCGUUUUGGGUGAAGUGGAGUUGUAAUAGUUUGAUAUAUAGCUCAAGCUUAUAUAUAGUUGUAAGCUAUUGAUUGUGAGCAAUAACAUUAUGCAAAAGAUUAAGUUAAUUUUCUUUUGGUAUUGGAAAAAUAUAAAUUACUAUCAAUGUA